UUCAAACAAUAUAUUAAGAAGAUAAAAACCCCAAAGUCAAAAAUCCGCAAUCACCCGCCACACUUCCUCUUUCUGGAUCGACUCACAGACUCUCAUGGAAGCUCUGGUGUGCCAAUCGAUCGGCGACCCAACACUUCCCUUAUGCGAUUCAUCACCGAUUGUUCUGUCUCACUCUCACCCUGUACCCGAGCUCAACUCUCCCACUGCCGUGAGGGUUCGGAUCUAUGCUACGAGUCUUAAUUUCGCCAAUUACCUCCAGAUAUUGGGAAAGUACCAGGAGAAGCCCUCUCUUCCCUUCAUCCCGGGAUCGGACUACUCGGGCGUCGUGGAGUCCGUCGGAGAGAGCGUUACGAGAUUCAGUGUUGGGGAUAAGGUUUGCUCGAUGGCGGCUCUUGGAAGCUUCGCUGAGUUGAUCGUGGCUGAUGAGAAAGAACUAUAUUUAGUGCCUGAUGGAUGUGAUCUAGUAGAGGCUGGAGCACUACCUGUUGCAUUUGGGACUUCACAUGUGGCUCUUGUCCAUAGAGCGCAGUUAAAAGCUGGGCAGGUAUUGCUUGUUCUUGGUGCUGCUGGUGGUGUUGGGCUUUCAGCAGUACAGAUUGGGAAGGUUUGUGGUGCUGUGGUCAUUGCUGUUGCUAGGGGGAGCGAAAAAGUGAAGUUGUUGCAGUUUAUGGGGGUGGAUCAUGUUGUCGACAUCACCAAUGAAAAUUUAAUAGAAACCGUGCGACAGUUUUUAAAGACUCGAGGGCUUAGAGGAGUUGAUGUUCUUUAUGAUCCAGUUGGAGGCAAACUUACGAAGGAAAGCAUGAAGCUUCUAAGCUGGGGAGCGCAAAUCCUGGUUAUCGGAUUUGCUAGUGGUGAAGUACCAGUUAUACCCGCAAACAUCGCUCUUGUUAAGAACUGGACUGUUCAUGGACUUUACUGGGGUAGCCAUAGAAUACAUCAGCCCAAAAUUCUUGAAGACUCUCUGAAGGAGCUGCUUUCUUGGCUAUCAAAGGGUUUGAUUAAGAUUCAAAUUUCUCAUUCCUACAGUCUAUCAGAG